UCUUUCACCAGUUCAGUGUGUGAAAGCAUGGCGUCGGGUAACAUUAGCAGGUUGGGUCAUUUGUUUAAUCGUAUUUGCUGUAGCAGAAAUGUAAGGCAUUUUAGAGCUGAAGCUGUUUUGACAUCUCACAACAAGUCAGAUGUUAGUGGUCCAUUCUUCGACAACAACAGUAAUGUGGAGAUUGGUGUGACAUCUGAUGGUAAAACAAUAGUAUGUUUCCAUCCAUCUGCAGACGUUCCGUAUGAGCUGACACAGCCGAUUCCCCGACCUCACGCCCUCAAUGAAACAGAAACACAUGAUCAGGUGCUCAAAGCCAGACUGAGUAAAGAAGUUCUACAUGACAAACAGGCUCCGACUAUAGAGGAACUCAGCAAGAUGUUCUACACCACCAAACACCGCUGGUACCCAGUGGGACAGUAUCACACCAGACGCAGAAACAGAAACCCACCCAAAGACAGAUAGUUCUGGAUUGUUCUUCUCUGAUGUCUGUUUAGAAAAGGAUUUUUUUGUACAUUCACAAUUACACAUAAAAUAAAACCCCUAAA